AUGCUGCUCGACGAAGACCCAGCUACGCUCAUACGCGCCACUGUUUCCAACUUCAACAUCGCACCGGAUAAAGCUGCCUUGUCGCGUGUCAAUGACUCUCUCGAGACCUUACAACAAUCGCGCGACGUUCGAUUCCGAGAUGCCGACACCAUCCUGAGACAAUUAUCGCGGCGAUUGGCGACUCUCGAAUCGCAACGGCGGGAAGUUCUGUCCGGCCAUGAUAGCGGAAGACAUGCCAGCGAAAUUGUGCAGCUUGACACGAAGAAAUUCAGGGUAGCCAAACAUGCGUCAGAGCUGGAAGCUGAAAGUGAGAGACUAGAGGCUGAGCUGGAAAGACUGAAGAUGCGCUUAGCCGACUUGGAGGAACAAGGUGUUGAAGGAGACGAGAACAUGCGACGGGCUCAAGAAGCAGACGACCCAACAAUCUUACGACUUUGGCUGUACAGAUCACUUGGGAUCACUUUGGAACAGGACGAAGCAGGCAACUACAACAAAGCCACUAUUGGUAAUACCAAGAAGGGCGAUGUGCAUGUGGUCAACAUUGAUCCGAAGUUCUCCAAGUGGUUUUAUGCGGACUAUUUCUGGCAGACCAUGCAAGGAUAG